GUGGAAAAAGGAGAGCCGUACUUGGACGAAGGGUUUCUAUACCUGAAAAAGGCAUCUGCAGCUGGUCUUUCCGAGGCUCAAUGCUACCUUGCCCAAGCUUUUUAUGAUGAUGGCCAGCUGGAAGCCGCAUAUUCUCAGUGGCUGACUGCUGCAAAGAAAAUGUAUCCUCCUGCUUGCUAUCAAGUUGCAAGAUGUUCUGAGCAAGGCCGUGGUACUAAAAAAAACUACCGAUUUUCGUUGCAAAUGUACACCAAGGCAGCAACAAUUGGACACCGUCCAUCCAUGCAUCGACUAGGUGUUGCUGAGAUGCGAGGAGAGCUGGGUCUUAAACCAGAUAUUCGUAAUGCCGUGAGAUGGUUUAAGCGCGGAGCAGCAGGGGCAGAUAAAGAUACUCCACAUUGCUUGUUUGAGCUUUGCGAGAUUUUUGAAAAAGGUGCUUUACCCCAUAUUAUGCCUGAUAUUUAUUAUGCUCGGUCUGUUCUUAUCGAAGCAAGCCAUCUGGGAUUUCCUCCUGCGCAAUAUAAGCUUGGGUACUGCUUUGAGUAUGGCCGAUUGGGGUGUGCUACCAAUGCUGCCGAGAGUAUCCACCUGUAUAGUGCUGCUGCCGCGACAGGGUAUAGCGAGGCUCUAUUUUCUCUUGCCGGAUGGUACAUGACGGGUGCAGAAGGGGUUUUAGUCAAAAAUGAGCGACGAGCAUUUGAAUUGGCUUCUGGAGCUGCGGCUCAAAACUUACCGCGCGCACAAUAUACAAUAGGACACUUUUUUGAGCAAGGAAUCGGUAUUACUGCCAAUCUUGAACAAGCAAUUAUAUUCUAUAAUAAGGCAGCUGCUAACGGAGAAGAAAGAGCUAUAAAACGAUUGUCA